AUGUCCUCUUGGGGAAGUUGGGCUACAACCUGUGUGAUCAACUCCCAGCCUCCGCCAGACGAUAAAGCAUGUUUCCAAGGCAACAGAGUGGAUGCCAACGGUUGCUGUGAGCUACCCCGAUUUGUUGCUCGAGAGAUCAACACCAAAUGUGAUGAAGAGUUUAAACCGUUGAGUCCACGUCUUCCUCCGGAGGUUCAGGCUUAUGAAGGAUCUUGCGUCAUCGAGUGCCUUUUCAACGUGACCGGUAUGUUCAAAGACGGGAAGCUGCAGCAGGACAAGAUCGCCCAGCAGCUUAAGAAAACGAUCGGUGUCGAUAGGAAUUUUGCUCCGUUGCUCGGCGGUAUCGUGACCGAUUGCUACAGGCUUGUCAUGGACAAUCCGGCAAACAGCUUCAAACCCAUCCCCGUUAAACCGGGAAGACCCGGCUGCAGCUUUAUCCCACAGGCGUACAUGAAUUGCGUGAAAAGUGAGCUUUUUGAGAACUGCCCAAAAGCGAAUUGGACGGCAGCUGACGGAUGCGAUCUACUGAAGCAAAAAUUAAACGUUGGCUGCUCCUACUACUCGAUUAUGAUCGGAAAGAAAGGAUUGAAGUCGUGAAAGGCUUGAUUUAGAGAAAUAUAUUAACU